AUGACAGAGGGCACGUGUCUUCGUCGCCGAGGGGGUCCCUACAAAACAGAACCUGCCACUGACCUUACCCGCUGGCGCCUCACCAAUGAGGAGGGAAGGCAGAGAUGGAAGUAUUUUCAAGAUGAAGACCCUGGCCGAGCACAGACUGGCCUGGAAGCCCACUCACUGGGACUGGAGACCAAGAAUUUCUUCAAGGACUUGCCCAAGGCCCACACAGCACAGGAGGGAGCUCUGAAUGGAAUGAUAUUCUAUGCGGGGCUGCAGGCUGAGGAUGGGCACUGGGCAGGCGAUUACGGAGGCCCACUCUUCCUCCUUCCAGGUCUGCUGAUCACUUGCCAUAUGGCCCAUAUUCCAUUGCUGCCUGGGUACAGAGACGAGAUGGUGCGGUACCUGCGGUCGGUGCAGCUUUCUGACGGCGGCUGGGGCCUGCACAUUGAGGACAAAUCUACUGUUCUUGGAACAGCCCUCAACUAUGUGUCCCUGAGGAUCUUGGGUGUAGGGCCUGAUGACCCUGACGUAGUACGAGCCCGAAAUCUUCUUCACAAGAAAGGUGGUGCAACAUACAUUCCGUCCUGGGGCAAAUUCUGGCUGGCCUUGCUGAAUGUGUACAGCUGGGAAGGCCUCAACAGCCUAUUCCCAGAGAUGUGGCUGUUUCCCAAGUGGGUUCCUGCACAUCCCUCCACCAUUUGGUGCCACUGCCGGCAGGUCUACCUGCCCAUGAGCUACUGCUACGCCAGGAGGCUGAAGUGUGACGCUGAGGACCCACUAGUGCAGAGCCUGCGGCAGGAACUCUACCCGGAGGACUACGCCAGCAUCGACUGGCCGGCACAGAGGAACAAGGUGGCCCCUGAAGACUCGUACACACCACACAGCUGGCUGCUCAAUGCCGUAUUUGCCGUGCUCAACCUCUAUGAGCGCUACCAUAGUACCAACCUGCGACAGCGUGCCAUCCAGAUGCUGUACGAGCACAUUGCUGCUGAUGACCGCUUCACCAAGAGCAUCAGUAUCGGCCCGAUCUCCAAGACCAUCAACAUGCUCGUGCGGUGGAGUGUGGAUGGCUCAGCCUCUCCUGCCUUCCAAGAGCAUGUGGACAGGAUCCCCGAUUACCUCUGGCUGGGGCUCGAUGGCAUGAAGAUGCAGGGCACCAAUGGCUCACAGAUCUGGGACACCGCGUUUGCCAUCCAAGCCUUCCUGGAGGCUGGUGCGCACCAUAGGCCCGAGCUCACAGCCUGCCUGCAGCAUGCACAUGAGUUCCUCCGCAUCUCACAGGUCCCAGACAACCCCCCUGACUACCAGAAAUACUACCGCCAGAUGAACAAGGGUGGCUUCUCCUUCAGCACGAGAGAUUGUGGCUGGAUCGUCGCUGACUGCACAGCCGAGGGACUGAAGUCUGUGCUCCUCCUGCAAGAGCUGUGUCCCUUUAUCACUGAGCUUGUGCCCCGUGAGAGGCUGUAUGAUGCGGUGGCUGUGUUGCUGAACAUGAGAAAUUCUGAUGGCGGCUUCUCCACCUAUGAGACCAAACGUGGCGGGUACUUACUGGAGCUGCUGAACCCUGCAGAGGUCUUUGGAGACAUCAUGAUUGACUACACCUAUGUAGAGUGCACCUCGGCUGUGAUGCAGGCACUGAAGCAUUUUCACAAGACGUUCCCGGAACACAGGGCGAGUGAGAUCAGGGAGACCCUCGAGCAGGGCCUGGAGUACUGCCGACGGAUACAGCGGCCUGACGGCUCCUGGGAAGGCUCCUGGGGAGUCUGCUUCACGUACGGCAUCUGGUUUGGGCUGGAAGCAUUUGCCUGCAUGGGGCAUACGUACCAGGAUGGGGAAGCCUGUGCAGAGGUCACCCGGGCCUGUGACUUCCUGUUGUCCAGGCAGAUGGAAGACGGUGGCUGGGGCGAGGACUUCGAAUCCUGUGAACAGCGGCGCUACGUGCAGAGCGCCCAGUCCCAGAUCCACAACACAUGCUGGGCCCUGAUGGGGUUGAUGGCCGUCAGACACCCCGACGUCAAGGCCCUAGAGAGGGGAAUCCAAUGUCUGCUUGGAAAACAGUUAUCCAAUGGCGACUGGCCGCAGGAGAACAUCCCUGGGGUCUUCAACAAAAACUGCAGUAUCAGCUACACAUCCUACAGGAAUGUCUUCCCCAUCUGGACCCUGGGCCGCUUCUCCCACCUGUAUCCUCAGAACUCCCUCGCCAGCCCCCACUGA